ACUUCUUCAUUCAACUCAACGUCUCAACCCUCUUUUCCUUCCUCUCUUAAACCCUAAACCCUAACCUUCAUUUUCGUUAUUCCCAUUUCGCCUUCUUUAGGUGUAACAAAGCAAAAACGAGGAGAGAGAAAAAAAACCCCCCCAAAAAAACCCCACCACCACAUUUCCCAUCUUCAUAUUCUCACAGAUCUACUCAUUUUCUCUCUCCUCCUUCAACCAUGGCCGCCGUUCUUCGCCGAUGUCUCCGCAGUGAGCAGUUUCGCUCUCUUUCUCCCUACAAAUCGUUGGUUGGAAAUGCCAAUCCAUCACUGGCAAGUCCAUUUAUGGCGCACAAAUUGGCGAACUUGGUGAGACCUUUCAGUGCAAGACCUGUUGGAAAUGAUGUCAUCGGUAUUGAUUUGGGUACUACUAAUUCUUGUGUCUCUGUCAUGGAGGGAAAGACUGCCAAAGUGAUUGAAAAUGCUGAAGGUGCCCGUACUACACCAUCAGUUGUUGCCUUUAGCCCGAAGGGUGAGCUGCUUGUUGGUACCCCUGCUAAGCGCCAAGCUGUAACUAACCCAACAAACACUCUCUCUGGAACCAAGCGGUUGAUUGGGAGACGUUUUGAUGAUGCCCAAACACAGAAGGAGAUGAAGAUGGUUCCAUACAAGAUUGUCAGGGCUCCUAAUGGAGACGCCUGGGUCGAAGCUAAUGGCCAACAAUAUUCUCCUAGCCAAGUUGGAGCCUUUGUCUUGACCAAGAUGAAGGAAACUGCAGAGGCUUACCUUGGGAAAACAGUUACCAAAGCUGUGGUCACAGUCCCCGCUUACUUCAAUGAUGCACAGAGACAAGCAACAAAAGAUGCUGGGCGCAUUGCAGGACUAGAUGUCCAGAGGAUUAUUAAUGAACCAACUGCUGCUGCUCUUUCUUAUGGGUUGACCAACAAGGAGGGUCUCAUUGCAGUUUUUGAUCUUGGUGGUGGAACAUUUGAUGUCUCUAUCCUUGAAAUCUCCAAUGGUGUUUUUGAGGUAAAAGCUACAAAUGGUGAUACAUUUUUGGGAGGAGAAGACUUUGACAACACUCUAUUGGAGUUCUUGGUGGCUGAGUUUAAGAAAACUGACGGCAUUGAUUUGAGUGGUGAUCGCCUUGCCCUGCAAAGACUCCGUGAAGCAGCUGAGAAGGCGAAGAUAGAGCUUUCUUCAACAUCUCAAACAGACAUUAGCCUCCCCUUUAUCAGUGCAGAUUCUUCUGGAGCCAAGCACUUGAACAUCACACUCUCAAGGUCAAAGUUCGAGUCUCUUGUAGGGAAUCUGAUUGAAAGAACCCGUUCCCCAUGCAAAAACUGUUUGAAGGAUGCCGGUGUUUCGAUCAAAGAAGUCGAUGAAGUUCUUCUUGUUGGUGGUAUGACUCGUGUACCUAAAGUGCAAGAGGUAGUACAGGAGAUCUUUGGCAAGACUCCAAGCAAAGGAGUUAACCCAGAUGAGGCUGUUGCUAUGGGUGCUGCCAUCCAGGGUGGUAUAUUGCGCGGUGAUGUCAAGGAGUUGCUUCUUUUGGAUGUCACUCCCCUUUCUCUUGGUAUAGAAACAUUGGGGGGUGUUUUCACCAGAUUGAUCAACAGGAAUACAACCAUUCCCACGAAGAAGAGCCAGGUGUUCUCAACAGCAGCCGACAACCAAACACAGGUUGGUAUUAAGGUACUACAAGGUGAACGUGAAAUGGCAACCGACAACAAGAUGUUAGGAGAGUUUGAACUCCAAGGAAUUCCACCUGCACCACGAGGCCUUCCUCAAAUUGAGGUGACAUUCGAUAUUGAUGCCAAUGGCAUUGUUACCGUCUCUGCCAAGGACAAAUCUACCAAUAAAGAGCAGCAAAUUACCAUCAAGUCCUCUGGUGGGCUCUCAGAAGAUGAGAUAGACAAGAUGGUGAAGGAAGCUGAACUACAUGCUCAGAAGGAUCAAGAGAGGAAAUCUCUCAUUGAUGCCAGAAAUACAGCAGAUACAACCAUCUAUAGCAUAGAAAAGAGUCUGGGUGAAUAUAGGGAGAAGAUACCAGCUGAGGUUUCCAAGGAAAUUGAAGAUGCCGUUGCUGACUUGAGAAGUGCCAUGCAGAAUGAUAACAUCGAUGAUAUUAAAGCAAAAACAGAUGCUGCUAACAAGGCCGUGUCAAAGAUUGGACAACAUAUGUCCGGCGGCUCAGGUGGUGCUGCAGGUGGUGAUUCCUCAUCAGGCAGUGGUGAGCAGACCCCAGAAGCAGAGUAUGAAGAAGCUAAGAAGUAGAUGUGUCAGAUUUGAUGUUGGAAAUUUCCGGUGCAAAUUGUCUAUUUUAAACAUUAGCUCAUAGCUUUUGACUAGAAUAUAAAUUUCUCUCAAAUUUUGUUUUGGCUGUUGGGAUUCUUGUGGUUUUCCCGCUCGAAUUCUGAAAGAUGUCAUUAGUGUAUCAUCUUAAGGCUCUGUGGAAUUGACAGAAAACUAGGUAUAUUUGGUGAGGAAGUAUUGGAGAAAAUAAUUUUGUUCUUUA